AUGGUUAAAUCUGUAAAUCAUUCAGAGCAUCUUAUAAACCAACCAAUAGGAAUGGAAGAAUCCCCUGAUCCACCAUUUCAAGAAAAAUACAAAAACCUCUUCUACGGUUUAACUGACAUAGAAUUAGCAAAGAAUUCUGAGGAACUACUCGUCGUGGAGGAACGCGAACUCCCAUUGAUUGAUCUCAACAUGUUAAACCUCGGAGAUUCGGAGAGAGAGGCAUGCAAGAGACAGAUAGCUGAAGCUUCCCGAGAAUGGGGUUUUUUUCAAGUUGUAAACCACGGAAUAUCUAACCAAGUACUGGAGAAAAUGAGAGAAGAACAAAUGAAGGCGUUUAAGAAGCCGUUCCACGAGAAGACAAACGGCAAUGAUUUGAAGUUUUCAACCGGGAGUUACAUUUGGGGGACACCAUCACCGAAUUGCCUGACGCAGUUGUCAUGGUCGGAAGCUUAUCACGUGCCUUUGAGUGAUAUCUUGGGUUGUGGUGGCCUCUGCACUCUCAGCUCAACAAUGGAACAAUUUGCAGCAAAAGUGUCUGAGUUAGCGCAAAAGUUGGCAGAAAUUUUAGCGGAGAAAUUGGGUCGAAAUUACUCAUCAUUCUUCAAAGAAACGUGUUUGCAAAACACGUGCUUUAUUCGAAUGAACAGAUAUCCAGCAUGCCCAAUUUCACCUGAAAUGUUUGGGCUAAUGCCACACACUGAUAGCGAUUUCCUCACAAUAUUGCACCAAGAUCACGUUGGCGGCUUGCAAUUAGUCAAAGAUGGGAAAUGGAUUGCUGUUAAACCCAAUUCAGAGGCUCUCAUUAUCAACAUCGGAGAUUUGUUUCAGGUUUGGAGCAACGACGUAUAUAAAAGCAUACACCACCGCGUUGUGGCUAAUAAGCUAAAAGAGAGGUACUCGACUGCCUACUUCCUUUGUCCUUCUUACGACACUGUUAUACAGAGUUGUGUUGAACCUUCUGCAUAUCGAAGGUUUAGCUUCAGAGAAUACAGACAACAAGUUCAAAAGGAUGUUAGAAGUUUUGGUUAUAAAGUGGGACUUUCAAGGUUUCUUGUAUGA